UGGUGCGAUAAGCAUGAACCUAGCCUCUAAUUCCAGUGCAGUUUCCAUUGAGUGUAUAUAUAUAUGUAUAUAUAAACACGUUGUUUUAUAUGUUUAAUCCAUAAGUUCCUGCAAAACAUCAUUCUGUAAAUCCCCUGAAAUAACAACUCUUACCGAUCCUCUCCAUGGCUCUAUCUCCUCAAAAAAUUAUCGUAGAAGAUCGUCAAGUUCCCCUCGAUGCUACAUCCGAUCCACCUGCUCUGUUCGACGGUACCACGAGGUUGUACAUGACCUACACCUGCCCAUUUGCACAACGUGUUUGGAUUACCAGAAACCUCAAGGGUCUGCAAGAGGAGAUCAAAUUAGUUCCUAUAGACCUUUUUAAUAGGCCAGCUUGGUACAAGGAGAUAGUAAAUCCUGCUAACAAGGUGCCGGCCCUUGAACAUGAUGGGAAAAUCAUAGGGGAGAGUCUUGAUUUAAUCAAAUAUGUCGAUAGCAACUUCAACGGGCCUUCACUUUAUCCCGAGGAUCCUGCGAAGAGAGAGUUUGGCGAAGACUUGUUGAAAUAUGUUGAUGCAACAUUCGUAAAAACCGUGUUUGGCUCUUUCAAAGGUGACCCAGUUAAGGAAACAGCAUCGGUCUUUGAUCACGUGGAAAAUGCUUUGAAGAAGUUUGAUGAUGGUCCAUUCUUCCUCGGCGAGCUUAGUCUGGUUGAUAUAGCAUAUCUACCAUUUAUCGAACGAUUUCAAGUCUUCCUGGACGAAGUUUUUAAAUACGAAAUUAUAAUCGGACGUCCGAACCUAGCUACUUGGAUUGAGAAAAUGAAUAAGAUGAUUGCAUAUACGCAGACGAAAACCGACUCGGAUUAUACCGUUAACUAUUUCAAGAAGUUCAUGUAAAAGUACCAAAUCAAGUGGACCGUGUCGUGGGUAACGAUGCCAUGGUGGCUUAUAAAGAAGAAAGAUUACUCCCUCUUGAGAGUGCAUGUUACAAAUAUCUGGAUUUGGUAUUGUUAGUUUGAUAUAUAUAAUAUAAUAAGAAAGAUUUGGUUAUUGUAUUUACCUGUUACUUUUAAGUUUAAACAAAAGAGAGAGACAUGGUUACUUCUGGU